AUGCGUGUCCAUUCGAUUCCCCAGCGACGCGUACCGUCCACUCUGUCGCUGGAUAACACCAUCGAUUCACCACCAAUGAUGGACACCAGCGUGCCGGCAGUAUAUCCACCGGCCAUUAGACGAUUUCCUCCAGUCGAAGAGUACAAACGCCAUUCAGAUGCAUACACCUCAGGUGUGUUUGGUCGGGAGUCGAUGGUAGGUGGUAUCCACGUGCCAACGGUUUCGGAACGGCUCAGCGGUUACGACAGGCGAAACACCUACGACGACAGUGGCAUCGAGGUGGAGCUUACCAACGGUGAUCUGGCGUUGAUAGGGCACCGGCUCUGUCGGGAAGAUUCCGGCCUCAGCAUUAAUGAAGGCCGCGGUGAAACGCCCGAUGAGGGAUGUGGUGGUCGCUUUGAAAAGAUUAAGAAAAUAUGCUCCUUUCGCACGCUGUCUAGCGUGGGUUCAGAACAAUCGGUAGGCACGAGUAGGACACAAUACUGGAUGCUGAUCAUCACGCCCGUUGUAUCGAGCUUCUCCCUGGCCCUUGUGAUCGCGGCUGUGGUUGGUCCGCAGUGGUUGCUUACCGAGGAGAAAAUCCCACUGGCCGCGUACCACAAUAACACGCACCACAGUGCCACCGUACCGCCCACUUCCGCCAGCUUCCCCAAUCAGCAGUUGAACAUUGUGCACCCGCACCUUAUACCGGCCAUCAAGGACGAUGGCGGCGGAUACCUUACGAAGUACACUCGAUCUUCCCUCUGGAUGCUGUGCAGUAAAUACACCGGUGGCCCCGCCCCGGGACAGCAGAACCACCAGCAGCAGCAACAACCGGUGGGAGGUGCUGACUUCCAGUGUGCCAGCAUCGAUUACUUCCCGAGCGAGGGUUACAGUCCAGAUCCGAACGAUUCCUCCAACGCAAUACCUUAUACCGUAACGCACUCGUCACCAUUCUUUCUCGCCUCGAACGGUGUACUCAUCGUCAGCUACGGCCUGUUCCUGGUGGCCAUGUGCUCGACCAAGCACAAAAUCUGCUACUUCGUCUCCGGGGUGCUAUUUAUAAUAUCCGGACUGCUGAUGCUGAUCGGGCUGAUAAUGUACAUCUCGAUACUGAAGGCGGAGAUAGGAUCGAAGCUGCGCCCGAGGUCCUCCCUACAGGCCGCCCAGUUCACGUUUCGCUACGGUCAAAGCUUCCUGCUGUACGUGUUCGGUUUCAUCAUCACGGAAUUGUCGGGCAUUCUGAACGUGCUGAUCUACUCGAACGUCCAGCAGGAGGAGUACGAGGAGCAUCUGCACCGCCAUCACCCUGGCAGCCAGCAGGACUAUCCGACCUAUCAGAACCUCUCCGAAGGGUUCCACUACAACAUGCACUGUCGCCGUGAGUGGGUACCGCCCGGAAGCGAACAGCUCCAUAAGGCACAAACCGGUCAGGAGCCAUUCGGCCCACCGAUCGUUGACUACCGCUACCCGUACGAUGGGCUGGAGGGUGGUGUAAGAUCACCGAGGUACUACUUCGAGCGGCCACGACGGGAGGACAACGAUGAUCCCGCUUGUCGAGUGCAUGCGCGAAAGUUAGGCCACACCGGUAGCGUUACAAAAAGUCUCACCGAUUUACUCUACACCGAACCGGACCCAUCCGAGGUAAGCCCAGGCGAGCGGCUCAGUGGCGAUGGUGGGCGAGCGAUCGAAAGUGUCAGCUCACCAGGCGCUACCUUUGACGCUCCCCGGUGGACGCCAGGGGGUAAGCUCACGCGCAGUGUUUCCACCUACACGGACCUACUUCCGGUGACCGUCGAGGAAGAAACACGCGGUCGACGGUCCGGCAAUCGAUCACCAUCACAGCCGGAUGGAGGGGAAGGCCGGCCGAAGGUAGGGAACAUCUGUGGCAUCUCCCGGCAAUACCUUACCCGGGAACUCUCGAAGGAGAAGCUGUUCAAUGAGUUCUGCAAGAAGGUGGGCCCACGGCCAAAACCGAAAAACAUCUACUACAUCGAUGGACACCACGGGGACGACAGCUACCGGAGUGUGUUCGUAGUAGAUCCAUCCAUGUCGGGAAGUUCUACACGUAGCCGAACGCAUCGUAGGCGUAAUUCCGCGUCGGAGUCGUGGCGACGGAGAGGGCACGAUCCGGUACCAUGCAUAUCCGGCUAUCGGCAGCGCAUACGUUCGGACAAUUCGUUGGAUGUUGUGGUGGACGAUGAAGGGGCAGAAUACGGUCGUCGUCGGGAUCCGAUCGGGAGGGCACGCUCGGUGGACUAUCGGCAGACCCUGCCACGUAACUUUCAGCACCGCCGGCAACCAUCCAGUGAACCCGAGGACGAAACCGGAGGCUUUGCGGAACGGCAAGCUCUGGAAAGGAAACGUGUGUCGGCCAGUGGGCUUUUGAUGGACCCCGUUCGCCUCAAUGCAUCGCACGGUGAUCUCACCGCAGAUGGAAUCACUUCUGGAUGGCAUCGAGGACCCGAAAAGCAGCACUACCAUCAUGCUUCGAAAACCUCCACCAUUCACUGCCCCAAGUAUCUCGAUCCACCAAACUACUCAUCUACGCUGGGAGGAUCCGUCCACCGGUACCAUGGCCAUCCGCUACUGCAGCCUCAACUACCCCCAGCCGGACACUCCCCUCUAGUGCCCCAAGUGCAGCAUCGCAGUAUCGGAGAUCUAACGUCCCAGCAUCACUUCCACCGUCGCGCUACAAUCCUCUCGCCGCUGGUUUUCUCACCGGUCAGUCAACCGGCCACUCCAGCGACGAUUCGCAUGGCCCAACCACAGCAACGCCACGAUGGUACGACACAACAGGAACCGGACGUGUCGACCAACCGGCAUCCUUCCCUACCGUCACCCGUCUUCGAUCUCGAUCGCAUCGAACAGGAGCGGCGCAAAUCACACUCUCAACUCUUUCUCAGCGGUUCCACCGUGGGACAGUAUGACUUUGCGAACGGGACAGCGGUUUAG